UCAGGCUCCGGGCACGUUACAGGGUUGCGAUGAGAGAUGUUAUUUUCUUUUCUUUUAACGUAUACCGUUCUUAGAUGCCUUGUUGGAGAACAUAACAUCACUGCUGGAAAUAAACGGUCCACAGGAAUGAAACACCUUAAUGACACUGGGCACUUCAAUUAGAUGAGAUAACAGAAGAAAGGAAAUUUGCUCUGAUCUGCGUUAAAAAGAUAUAGGUAUAUAGGUUCCACCAUCUUGUGGCCGUUUAGAGAAUUGCAUGCAGGACCGUUAUUGCAGCACAGCGUCUGAGGGGAGAGGCGACAAAACGACAGCGUGCACAGGCUUUAUUGGCAUGUUGAUGCGCCAUCAUUGGCUGCUGGUUGGUGCCUGUGGCUGGGUGCUACUCAUCCUAAUCUUCAUCAGCAAGUUUAUUAACUUCAGCAUCAGAAUGCCAGAUGACUAUGUAGGGAGGACAGUGUUUGGUUGGGCCAUGCCAGCUGAUAGGAGAAUUAUCCUUCAUUCAGCCCAGCAGCCAGACAAAGCAGCAUCUGAGCCAUAUACAGUGUCCUCAGUUUAUCCCUCUAUAUUGGAGCCCAAAGACUGGCAGUCAGUGAAUGAGAAGCGUUUGGAGCUCUUAUCAACUGUUUGCAGAAAUUCGUCUUUUUGGAACAUCACUCAUUCGACUUUGCACAGAUUUGUCUUGGACCGCAUUUUUGUGUGUGACAAACACAAGAUUCUCUUCUGCCAGACACCUAAAGUGGGUAACACACAAUGGAAAAAGGUCCUUAUUUUUCUCAAUGGAAAGUUCUCCAAGGUUGAAACUAUACCAGAAAACCUGGUUCAUGACCAUGAGAGAAAUGGAUUACCUCGCCUUUCCUCCAUGACUGACACAGAGAUUAAUAGAAGAUUAAAUUCCUACUUCAAGUUCUUCAUUGUCAGAGACCCCUUUGAGCGUCUCAUAUCUGCUUUCAAAGACAAGUUUGUGAAAAACCCACGAUUUGAACCUUGGUACAAACAUGACAUUGCUCCAGCCAUCAUCCGGAAAUAUCGCAAAAGGCACAGUGAUGAUGCUGAAAGUGUAGGCUUGCGAUUUGAAGACUUUGUUCGGUACCUGGGUGAUGGACCAGGUCGACACCAUUUGGACAGGCAGUUUGGUGACCAUGUUAUUCACUGGCUGACGUAUACUGAUCUAUGUGCUCCUUGUGAUAUUUCCUACAAUGUGGUGGGACAUCAUGAGACUCUUGAGCAUGAUGCUCCAUAUAUACUAAAAUCUGCUGGUAUCGCUAACCUGGUGUCAUACCCCAACAUUCCGCCUGGGAUAACCCAUUACAAUCGCACAAAGGUGGAAAACUAUUUUACUGGAAUCGGCAAACGAGAUGUUCGCCACCUGUAUGCUCUUUACCAGGGAGACUUCAGCUUAUUUGGUUACCCAAGACCUGACUUCUUAUUGGAUUGAUAAAAAUAGAUUGCUUUUUUUUCUGUUGGGGACAAGAAGUGUUGUCUACCAAGGAGUAUAAAGUUGCAACAAAACUAGUGUUUACCUGUCUGAACAACAAAAUUGGUUUUGCAAAGUCGUGUCUUUUCAAUGCUGAUUUAAAUCCAAAUUAAUAUUUUUACAGAUAAUUAUUUAUGUAUCUUUGCUCUGUGAUCUGCAGAAGGGAACUUGAAUUACCAUACACAUAAGAACAUGCCUGCCUAGAAUUUACCCGUUAUGUUGACUUAAGAUAGCAUUCUUUAAUAGUAAUAUCUGUAGUUGCCAUGUAAUGAGAAUGUACCAUUAGAUUUCUAAGAAGCGUUUGUUAAUUUUGCUUAAGUUUUUUGCCUUAAAGAACUCAUUGGGGGUUUCUGAGGUCUCCUUGGUUGACUAAAGGACCCCAAAAGGAAUUACUAAAUUUCAAGCUUUCUACAAAAGUUAAAUAGUUUACCACAUUUUAAAAGAUGUAAUCCUAGAAUUUGUUAUUUGUAUAUUUUGUUUUGAAAUUAAUGUUCUUUCAUUAAUCUUUAAAAAAUAAAAUGUUUUCUAAAAUGCUAUAA